CACAGCUCCCUACAACCCUACUGAGCCUGCCUGACAGAGAGAGCAAAGACAGCGCGUGUCUAUGUGUGUGUGAGAAACACAGAGAGGCAGCCGAGAUGAGAGUGUGAAGCAGUGAGAGGGAAAACCUCGAAAGAACAGCAAAGGCGAUCAGAAAAGGGGGGGAGGGAGACAGCGAACACAGCAAAAAAGGCGAAGAGAAGAGAAGAGAAGAGAAGAGAAGAGAAGAGAAGAGAAAAGAAGAGAAGAGGGAGAUAAAGUGUAAAUGUGAACAUACUAUCUUUAACAGUCCUGGUGCCAAAGUCAAGAGAUGCAAUGACUAGAUGACCAGCCACUACACACACCAGCAUCCUGUCCUGGAGCCUUGACAGGAGGUGGGGGGACAAGAAAAAUCCACACAGACACACACACUCAAAGGCAAAACGCUCUCUUCAACCAGUCCCACGUCCACUGGAUCAUGUCAUCUACCGGGUCAACCAACCACAACAAGCGCCUGGCAUCUGAGACAGACAUCUCUCAGCGGGUGUUGGACAAUGAUUCUGCGCAGCACCUGAAGCUGAGGGAGAGACAGCGCUUCUUUGAGGAGGUCUACCAGCAUGACGUGGACAACUACCUGCCCUCUUCUCACCUGCAGGUCGACUGCAGGAAACCCCCCAUGGGAAGUAUCUCCUCUAUGGAGGUGAACGUGGACGUCCUGGAACAGAUGGACCUGAUGGACAUCUCUGACCAGGAGGCCCUCGACGUGUUCCUCAACUCAGGCUCAGGAGCAGACGAGGGCGCGCUGGCAUCUCCGCUACCAGAAGGUGAAGAAGAAGAAGAGGAUGAGGAGGAUGAAGAUGCAGAGGUUGUCUACAGGGAGCGCGCAACUUUGAAACGGCAAGACGAAAUUAACCGUGGCUCAAAGUCUCGCAUGUCCUCCACAUCAUCUGGUUCCAGUGAUACCAGCGGGGGUGGAGCCGACACACCUGUGAUCCAGUCAGACGAUGAAGAAGUCCAUGCUGACACUCUGCUGCUGACCUCUGUUCCCCAUGCCAGGGAUGAAGAAACAGAGGAGGAGGACGAGGAGGAAAGAUGCCUUGCAACUAAAUUGCCAUAAAGACUGAAUUUAACUCUCUGUAGACAUAUAAAGAGAGUGUAUAAAGAGUGUGAAAUCUCUCUGUCUCUACAUUAGCAAUCCUUUCCUUUGGGAAAAAAAAAUCCUAGCAUGGUUGACCUGGCUGUAAUUUGCUGCGUCUUUUGAAUGUUCUCCUGAGUACACUGGAUUUUCCUUUCCAACUAUAAAUCUAUUUUUCCUAGUAAGUGUUUAACACUCUACUUGUUGAAAUUGUCUGUUGAAAUUUUGGCAGUGGUGUCUGAGGUUUCCUUACAUCUAUAUGCAAAUACCUUGAGUCAUCCUAGUCCCAUGCACUGACAUGCUCUGGCUGAGUUAAAAAGAAACAAAGCAAGAUGUCAGUUCAAGUUCUGUUCCUCUCACUGCCAGAGGGAAACCUCCCUCCUGCCCAUUUUGUGUCUUUAAAGCACAGGCGCCAAACAGCAGAGUAAAAAAGAAAGGUACUACAGUGCAUCUUUGCUUUACAGACUUUCUGGGUAAAACACAAGUUUAAAUAAACCAGGUGCAAAAUCUUUUUAAUUUAUAAUACAUCUGGAGCCAGAUGCAUAAACCAUGUGUACGCACACAAACCAUACAUAAGCCUUUUCCCACACAUACACUGGUAUUUAUGAAGGCGUAAUGUGCUGUGGGAAUGUGCACACCUCACACAUUCUUCAUAUCAGGUGUACACACAGUUUGAGCUGGGACAGCUGCAGGUGAUAUGGUAAGGAGCAGAUUAAAUAUAAAUUGAGAGACGUGUAAUAUUGUUUUUAGUUUGCCAAUUCUGCUAAUUGUUUUAUCAUUCUGCUGUCUGCGUUCUGUAAAAUGUCAAUCAAGGGUGCAUCUCCCUGUUAAUGAUCGUUUAAUGUUACCCUGUGAAGCACUUUAUGAAAUCAGUUACAACGUAAGCGGUAUGACUGAAUUACUGAUCAUCUUUCACACGUUUAAAAAUGUCAAUGAUUGACAUUUUGCCAUGAUGAUGGUUUGCAGAAAUGUGAUGAACUUCUGGUAUGGUCACUACAAAUAUCCACAGAUGUGCGCUCUGGCAUCGUUGGAGAACCUCACGAUGUAACACAGUUGGUGAAACAACACUUUCUGCACCUGAUUGUCACAAACAGGUCCAACGAAUGGUGGAGCGAACACAAGUAUCAAUAUGCAAAUUUCUGUGUAGGGGCGUUUCUGAAUCCAUUUAUGCAACCUGUGUGUGUGAAAAUCAUGCUAGUGCAAGUACGCCUAGCACCGCAAUAACCGAGAUUUAUUAGGGGCACACACAGAGUUAUCAAUCUUUCAAAAUACACAUGCAUAUUUUUGCCAUUGUGCGUACACACAGUUUCCGUCGUAAAUCCACAGUGUUUUAUGCAUCCGGCCCCUGAACUCUGAGGACUUUGGAGUUUCCUCUUCUUUACUGGCAUUAUGGUUACAGUAGAUAGCACCACAAUGAGAAUUACAAACACUGAGGCCUCAGACUGACAGAUCUGUGAAUGCAUGUAUUAAAGAGCAAUCUGACUGGACUGACGUCAAGGGAGCAAUCGUCAUAAAUCUAUUGCCACGUGCAUGUGUAUACUAUGGAACUGUGUCUGUAAACGCAUGCCAUUUUGUUCUUGUUAGUGACUAUAUGUUUGUUAUUAUGUAACUGCAGAGGGUUGCAUUGCUGAACUAUGCAGGCGACGCCAGAACAUAAUGCCAAGAAGCUCCUCUCAUCAAUGUGAGGUGUAACUUGGGAGUUUUAAACAAGCGGUGAGACUAUGACUCAGCUGACAAAGAUUUGUUUGUUUCUGCACAGUGUGUGUGUUUGUGUGGGUGUUAGAGUAUGUGAAUGUGUGCGUGUGUUUGUGAGGGUGUGGGUGGUUAAUAUAACAAAACAGGUAUUCCCCUGGUUGAGCCUAAAGCUACUUUCAAAACCUUUUUACAGUGUUCAUUAUGGUGUGUAUUUGUUCCCCGUUUGAAGAUCUUGCAAUGAACUAAAUAAAAGUGAAACAGAGGUUAAAACCGCUGAACUUACUGUA